GGUUUUAUUCCGAAGGGGGAGGGUUUCUGCUCCGCAGCCUUUCGCUGGGAGGGAGGAAAACCCUCUCCGUGCAGCCGUAGGGACUGGAGGUGGCACGGCUCGGUGGCUUCUUGGCUCUAACAGUUUUCAGGCGGGGAGUGCGCGGGGUGUGUUUUGGGGAAGGGCUCGCCUGCUUAAAGGGCUUGAAUAGAUGUGUUUGGGGAAGCGGUGCUUUCCAGGAAUCUCAAUGAGACCUUUUCUUGCGGUUGCUUUUUCAGGGCUUAUUUUAUUAGUUCUACAUUUGCUUGUGCAGAUCGCGCUUAUAAGUAGUUAGCAAUCGUAUUAGCAUAUAAAAAUCGAUAUUCUCAGAGGAAAAAAUAAGGUUUCUUUGAAUUUACCUCUAAUAAGCAACAUAGAUCACUUUUGUGGACCACUUGUAUAUUUUACUGGGAACAUUAUCUUCUGUAAUGCUCCACUAUCAUUUGUGGUUUAUUCUGUCAUGGUAAUGUGUUUCACUUAGUACUAGAAAUAAAAUUUGCUAGCUUACUCGUUUGAGUAUGUUACUUGAUAACUGUUGGAGUAAGAUUUAGUCAUCUCAUUUCUUCAUCGAGGAAGAAAUAUUAAGUAAUAUGCUGGAGGCAGCAGCAGACCUCAAGGUUAAGGUUUUCGCUAGCUUUUCAGUCUGCUUUCCCUUUUUCAGUCUUGCAAACUUUCUGAACUUUAACCCUUUGCAAUGAAACUUUCCAGGCGUGGUGUCUGCGUCCAGGUUUCAUUUUCCUUCACCAAUACUUCAAGGUACAGAGGAGCUGGUAAAGGCACUGCCAUGAAACCAAACUUGAAGCAAUGGAAACAACUUAUGCUGUUUGGGAUCUUUGCAUGGGGUCUGCUUUUUCUGGUGAUCUUCAUCUAUUUUACAGAUAGCAAUACUGCUGAGCCCGUUCCCAGUUCCUUUUCUUACGUUGAAACUAAGAGGCUUCUGCCCCUUCAGGGGAAGCAGAGAGUCAUAAUGGGAGCCAUACACGAUCCGUCAUUCUAUGAAACCAUUGAUGGGAAUGAGGUACUUCUGAAUGAAGACCUUUUAGGUACAUUUAAAUCAGGGACUGGAAGUAUUAAGAAAUGGACUGAUUUGGAAGAUGCCUUUAGAAGUGAAGAUGAGUAUUUUCCAUCCCAAUUAGGAAGAAAAUCAAAAAGUGCUUUCUACCAAGUGAAUGAUGAUUAUUUAUUUGCUGCUGGUCAGCCUCGGUCGCACAGCAACCUUCAAGAGAUAGCAAAAUUCAUCUCAGCAGAUGAGAAUAAUCCAAAAGAAAAUAUUUUACAGAACAACUGGGGCCAUCAGAGAAGAAUGAGGAGAAGGAGCGCAAAGCACAGGAGAAGCAAGAUGCUUGAUGAAUCUGAUGACUGGGAUGGGCUGUAUUCCACGAUGUCGAAAUCUUUUCUUUACAAGCUUUGGAAAGGGGAUGUCUCUUCCAAGAUGCUAAACCCUCGACUGCAGAAGGCGAUGAAAGAUUAUUUGAGCACUAAUAAGCAUGGGGUGCGGUUCAAAGGGAAACGAAACUCUAAGUUGACAGGCGACCAGCUUUUCUGUGAGCUAAAAGAAAGGGUGAAUGUGAAAACAAUAGAUGGCAAGGAGGCUCCCUUCUCCACUCUUGGAUGGGAGAAGCACGUUCCCCAGAUUCCACUGGGCAAAUUGUAUACACAUGGCUUUGGGAGUUGUGCUGUAGUUAUGUCUGCUGGUGCCAUACUGAACUCCUCUCUAGGGGAUGAAAUAGAUUCUCACGAUGCUGUUCUAAGAUUUAAUUCUGCUCCAACACGUGGCUAUGAAAAAGAUGUUGGAAAUAAAACAACCAUGCGAAUCAUCAACUCCCAGAUUCUCACCAACCCAAACCAUCACUUUGUUGAAAGCUCCUUGUACAAAGAUGUUAUCUUAGUAGCCUGGGAUCCUGCCCCCUACUCUGCAAAUCUGAACGUGUGGUAUAAGAAGCCAGACUACAAUCUGUUCACUCCAUACGUACAGCAUCGCAGGAAGAAUCCAAACCAGCCAUUUUAUAUUCUUCAUCCAAAGUUUAUAUGGCAGCUCUGGGACAUCAUUCAGGAGAACACUAAAGAGAAGAUACAGCCCAACCCUCCUUCUUCAGGUUUUAUUGGUAUCCUCAUCAUGAUGUCCAUGUGUGACGAAGUGCACGUGUACGAGUACAUCCCUUCAGUCCGACAGACCGACCUAUGCCACUACCAUGAACUCUACUACGAUGCAGCUUGUACCUUAGGGGCCUAUCACCCGCUACUCUAUGAGAAGCUGUUAGUGCAGAGAAUGAACAAAGGUUUGCAGGACGACCUGUAUCGGAAGGGGAAGGUCAUUUUGCCAGGAUUCAAAUCUGUCAAGUGCCCCAAACGAAAUAAUUUCCCACACUUGUAGAAGAGAGUCCUUCAGAAACAAUGUGCAAUAAGGUACUACUGUCGUACUAUAAACAAGGAGAGAAUACUUGAAAAAUGUAUCUUAGACCAAUCUAGUCUUGAGUCUAUAAAUUGUAAUUAAGUAGCAGGCAUGAGAAAUACUUCUUUUCUGAGCCUGAGUAUUUAUUACUGCUUUGCAAAUAAUUAAAGAAAAAAAAGAAAAGCUUAGCUUAUGAAAGGUGCAGAGGACAUACUUAGGCAGACGUAUAAUGUAUUGUUGUGGGUGUGACUGUCAGAAUUUGUCAGUGGUCUCUUAUGCCACAUAUGCUAAAUUGUAACUUUUUUUCUAAAUGAAUUUAUUUAACUGUUAAAUCUGGCAUUGUGAAACAGCCUGUAUCGUUCAUGUACAGAGCUGCCAGUUGAACAAUGCAGCAUUUCUCAUGGCUCCAUGGGAUUUUCACACUCUCCAAGAAUGAAGUAAUUGCUACUCUGAGCUGUGCGUUCAUUGAUUAGAGGAGACUUUUAAUUCCCGUUCACACACAGGUUUAGUUACAGGCUUCCAAAAGUAUAGGGGGCCUUGUGCUGUUUAUAAAGUCAAUGCAGACACACAAACCAGCUAAAUCAGUAAAACUACUGGAUGUAGCUUUGAUCACACUGCUUUGGUCACACCAUUGCUCACACUGUGUGGGGCAGAGGGAAAUGAGAAAUUUGUCAUUUCUGUAGAAAGCAACAAAUAUAUUGGUAACUCGUUCAGGAAGAAACUUCUCCCUGAGAGGCCCAUGAAGAAAGUGUGAGGGCAAUUAUGCCUUGCCCUGGUGUGCACAGAUAAAAACUAUCCAAAGAAAGCCAAAGGAGGCUGUGUAGCGCACAUAUCACACUGAAAGCAAAUGUAGAGGGAGCUCACCUUUCUGCAGCAAAGAUAGCAUUCAAGAUUAUAGACAUCAUUUGUUAGGCAUUUCAUUGUGAUACAAAUCAAUUUCACUUGCUCACAAGUUACUGCUGUUAAGUAUGGGGAGUUGUCUGACAAAAGAGGAUAUCAGCUUUUUUUUUUUAUUUAUUUUUAUUUUUUAUUUAACCUUUGAAAGGCUAUACCCCAGAGAAGCUGUAAUGCCUGGAGAAAAAAAAAAAAACAAACUGACUGUGGAUUGCAUAUGGAGAUAAUUUAAUAUUUUCCUUCGUAACUCACAAUGAGAAUAUUCUCUAAGGCUGUUCUGAAAAUCCACCUGAACACUAACACAUUUAAAACAGUACAACUUCAGUUUCAGAUUUUCUUAUAGGCUGGAGCAUUUGUUGAUGUUGUUGUUGUGUUAUUCUUUUUCCUUGUUUUUUUUGUCGUUCUUUUUCCACACAACUGUACCCUUUCUCUUAGGGUAAGUUCAGUAGAAAAGUAUGUGUCCAAAACCACAGCUGUAACCUUUUUAUGUCCAUUCAGUAAAAAUGCAAACAAUUCAAAGAGGCACUGAAGAGUAGCUGAGUUGAGUGGUUGUGGUGGAAAGUAUCUUUUGUCUUUUGUCUUAAGCAACAGGAAGGCAAUUAAAGAGUGCAAAUGGUAUUAAUGACUACUUCCUAUUCAAUAGUAAUGUAAGUAUCACCAGAGAAUUCUUUUUCUGUCACUCUGCUCUUAGGGACUGAUCAUUUUUCCCUCCUCAGAAGUGAAUAAAAUGUCUUCUGUGGGGCUUAGCUUUCUUUUCCUAUGUAGCCUCAUAAUUUGGGCUAUAUGGUACUCUAAGAUUCCUCUUGUUGACAGACAGUGUGUCCAGAUGGUCUAAAAACUGUACUUCUGUGUUGUGUGGAUAAUCAUGUCCAUGAAUCAUUUUGGUCCAUAUUGAAAUGAAUGGUUUUUAUUUAUGUUAGCUUUAGACUCUGGAUAUAUUACAUACUGAUUUUUUUUUAAUGUUGUAAGUCAGCAGCUUUUAUUCUUAAUAACAUUGUUAUUUAAUCUUGCAGAGAAAAGAUAACCUACUUAGAGCUAUUCUAUUUUUCCACAUGCUUGGUAACCUGUUUGCAAAACAUUUGAAGUCUGAACCAGUACUGUCAAAUAUGUCUCUCUCUCUCCAGUAUGUAGGAUUAGCUACAACAUCUUUGUAAAGAAAGGGACUUGAUUACCUUUCUAGGACUAAUGAAUAUACUACUUUUCCAUAAACAGGAAAUGAUCAAGUUCUUAAAAAAAUAAAUAAAUCACUUUGGUCUGCAAUCACUAACCUUAAACUUUGUUUUCCACGAAGAAGAAAAAUACUAACUGUAUUUCUCAACUACCCACAGCAGGAUUAUGUUGUAUUACUCCCUUGGUAAUCUGUCAGAAUAAUCCACAUAUCUGUUGUACAGAACAGUGGGAAUUUUACAAGGUCUCAUGUAACAGGUGAUGAACAUACCUACUUAAUACAUCAUUUAAAUAACGAUGCAGAACCACGUCUGAGACAUCAGAAAACUAACUGUAUAUUUUUAAUUUACUGGACUCUGCACAUUCAAGCCCUUUCAGCAGAAUCGUCUUUGCCAGUAUGCCAAGACUCUUUAACCUCUGAAGAUAAUUACUGCAACUGUUUCCAGGAGAAUGUGGUGUGUUCUUGCCAGCUGCAUCCUGAUUUAUACAGCAGUCAAUCAAUGCUCCUUCCACUAGUGCUGUGUGGGUGCUGUAGCAUCACCUUAGAAGAUGCCACAGAGCUGUGCUGGCAGCAAUUACUUUCUUGCAGUGGAGGAAGACCAACUUGUGAUGCCCAUCUUCUUGAAAAAAUAAGGACCCCAGGAGUGGCUUCCCAGGACUGGUUUCCACUGUGAUGUUUCAUUGGUCUGUCUGAUCAAACACCUGGUGGCUACUUAAAGAGACUUUAUUACCCUACCAUGUCUUGUCCUUCUUUUUUUGACGCAAGUGCAAGUGCACUUGAUUUGCUAACCAAGGGCUCACCUCCACUUUGUGCAACAGGGGAACGGGCAGAAAUGAAGAGGGAACAUAAAGGACCUUCAGAGGUGCUGCCUUCACCAGUGCAUACACUCUCUGUGGCUUUGGCUUUGGUGGCUUUCAUGUGAGCUCACCAUGUAUUUUUGCAUUUACAGGCAUAUUUCGCUGUCCCUCAGAAGGGCAGAGAGGUCUUUACAAAGAUUCAUUCAACUUGAAACGAUGAGUGAGCGUGUAGUAACACUGAAUCUACAAUCUUUUAAUAAUAGUAACAUGUGAGAGUGCUGGUUUUAGAUACUUACAUUAAAUGCAGACAAUGUGAAAGGAAAUGCAUUUUCCCACGCAGAUAUCACAGGGUUGUGUAGUGUUUUUUUUUUUUGUUAUCUUUUUUCUUUUUUUUUUCUUUAAAAAAAAAAGAUAUAGGCAUGGCUUCUUAGCUCUUCUGUGUGGCUAUUGUACACUAACAGAGAGUACCAUAGGCAAGGGAGGUCUGCACAAGCCUGGCUCUUGACAUGUGUCAUCAGCAAAGCAAAUGCUAGGCGAUUCCUGAGCUCCCUUUACACGUGGUACAAUGAUGCAGGUUUUAAAUGUAUGGAGGUUUCCUGACAAGUAGGAAUAAAUUGCCUUCAAAAGCUUUAGAGACUCUUUUCUGUACCCUGGUGCUGUGGACAAAAGUUGCACUUAGUUGAAACAAAACAGAAACACAGCAGCAUCCUAAGUAAAUAUGCUGAGUUUAUGUUGAAUUGCAUUAUGCUCUUUUUCCCACUGUGAAUUCUUUUUUGACUUGUGGUGCUCUAUCCUUUUAUACAUUCAGCCUUUGGAUGGUUAAGUCAAGGUAUUCUUCUGUUUAUUAAAGAAAAAUUAUGACAGAUUUUGCCUCACUUUGAGCCAAAAUCUUUCUUUCUAAUUAUUAAUUGUUCCAUUUGUUUAUAGUUCUAAAACUUAACCUGCGCAUAAACUCACAGUUCAGUUUAGUAAUUCCUUAAAUUAAACUACUAAACCUUAAGAAAUAUGUACAUUAAGACAGAGAGAGAUUGUUUACACACUCUAACCUGCAAUCUCUCUGUACAAAUUCAACUAAAUCAUUGCUUGUCUUUGAUCAGGACACUUUCUUUGAUGAAAACAUCCAAAUUCUGAACUUGUUCCUACAGAUCUCUUGGCAAACUCAACAAAACCAAGAGAGUUUUUUACUUAAAUUAAGACAAGUAUCUACACUACAUGGUUGCACAGACGGAACUCAAUCAUUUUGGAGGUGGAUUGAUCUAAAUAGGAGUUCAAAAUAGAUGUAGACCAGCUCAAUACAUAAUGAUUUUAUUAUUAUUAUUAUUAUUUUUCCCCAUUUCCUUCCUCCUCAGCAGUUCUUAAGGAUCGAAAAUACCACUUGGACAGUGACAUAGAUGUACCAUGAAAAGAAUAUUGAAUGUAUUGACUGCAAAAAUAAAUGGCUACUCCUUUUCCCUUCAUGCUUUCUAGAAUUGAUGAAUAUUAAAUAAAUUAAAUUGCUAUUUGAAAUAAGUAAUUCAGAAGACUGUAAUUAGAAAGCAUCUAGAUAUUUCCUGGAAGCUAUCCUCUCACAUGCAAGGAGGAUACCUGAUUUAACUGUUUGAAAAUUAAAGUAGCCCAUGUCUGGGCAUACCUGCAUCAUUAAAUGAAUUUUAACACUAUAAAUUUAUUCUCUCUGCCUUAGUGAUCAGAUUCAGAGUUUUGUUCUUGAAAUAAGCUUUGUGUGUAAAAGCCUUACAUUUAUCCAUAUCAUCUCAUCACUCAUAAUAUGUAGUCAUCGAACUAUUCAAAUAUAGACUGUGUACUUUUUUAAUAGCUUUGAGAAUUAUUUUGUAUGAUGAUUUUUUUAAAUGAAUGUGUACUCUAAUAACAAAGCUUAAGAUUUUACAGGAGUCACAUUUUUAAGCAGUGUUUGUAUACAUUUUAACACUUUUUAUAUUUUCUAUUAUGAUUUUGUAUAUUUUUAUGUAUGCACAGUGUACAGAUUUUUUCCUGUAAAUAAAACAUUGGUUUUCAU